UUACAGAGGUCACGUGAGGGAUUUGGUCCUGAUGGCAUGUGACCUGGUUUCGACAUUUCUUUUGGGCCCAUUCAUUCAAAGUAUCAGAGCGUCGUCCUAAUGUCAUGUGACAGUCAUCUGGAGUCAUGACCCUGGUGGUCUGGUGGGCGUUGCUCAUCCAUGACAAUCAUUGAGGCCAAGGUUUUAUUCUAGGGCCUCACGUGACAUCUCAGAUGAGAAAUUUUGCACAUAUUGCAGUUAUUUGAGACUUAUGUCAAUAGAAAAUAAACGAUAUAAAACCGAGAAAAAAUACAUUAAUCUAUGUUUGCGCCUGCAGAACAAGUUCUGAUAUCUCACAACUAUUAACAAUAAUGCACCAAAGGGAGCCACCGGGUAUAAAGGACACUCAAGGUGUGUUGGGAGGGCGGAGUUAAAAAGUAUAAAACCUUUGGGUGUCGUGUCAUGGAGCCUAGAAGGCGCAUCUGGGAUCAGCUUUACAGCUCUGUGAAGGAUGGAGUGUGGGUUGGAUUUUACUGGAUGUGCUGGUGUUGUUUCCGAGAUGACCACCUACCAAAGACAGCACUGGCCUGUGCAUCCAUACAUGAUGCAGGACGAUGAUUACGCACAGCAUGAGUCCAGCAGAGCGCACCAUGAUGGUGCCUUCAGGACCCGCUCGGGCACGUCGCGCCGCCGGAAGCGCACCACCUUCACCAAGGCGCAGCUGAGCCACCUGGAGAAGGUCUUCUCUGCUACACAGUACCCCGAUAUAAAAAUGAAGGAGCGUCUCGCUUCCAUAAUUGGUCUACCGGAGUCUAAAAUUCAGGUUUGGUUUCAAAAUCGACGAGCCCGCCAGUUCAAGAGCAAGAAACCAAGACUUCCUGCAGUUAGCUCCAGUCCGCUCCUCACUCCGACUUCCCACUGCAGAUCUCCUGCACUUUCUUCUCCUUCAGGAUACCCUGCUCCAAGUCUACCGCAGUCCUCCAGACUCUCAUCCAUCCUGGACACCCAGUACACGCCUGUGCCCCCGCCUGCGUCCCAAGAUAAUUACAUCCUAACCUCAGACUCUUUCGGUGUUAAGGAAAACGUGCACACACCGCACAGGGAGCUCGAUGACUGGGAUUGCAGGGAGCUGGAGGCUAUCCUAGGAAGCGCCCGUGAUGCGUGGCUCCCCGAGGACAAACUCAGGGCUCCUGCAGCUCUCACGAAGUCCGGAGAGAUCCAGAAUCAGCUCGACCACUACGUCUUCAGCAACAGCCAGGACUCUCUGGAUCAUCUGUCAGAUGUGUGCCUCCAGGAUUUACUAGGCGACCCCAUGAUAGAGUUGGACAUUUGUGCUGGAAUGAAUAAUUACCUUUUCAGCUAAAACCGUCAUAUAAUAAAUUCGCUAUAAUGUUGAUUUUUAAGUUUAAUUCAUAAAAGGUGUUAGAUAUAGGUAUCUAUGUUUCUAAUUAUUGUAUACUAUGUAAAAAAUAAAAACGUUCGAGCGUAGUAUUUUUUUUUUAUAUAUAAACAAAUUUAG